AUGGGAAAACCAUCGGUAGAGCUAUCGGCCCCUCAUCCUUUGUCAGAAUCUAUGGUAAAACUAUCGGCCCCUCAUCCUUUGUCAGAACCUAUGGUGGACCUAUCGGCCCCUCAUCCUUUGUCAGAAUCUACGGUGGAGCUAUCAGCACCUCAUCCUUUGUCAGAACCUACGGUAGAACUAUCGGCCCCUCAUCCUUUGUCAGAACCUAUGGUGGAGCUAUCAGCCCCUCAUCCUUUGUCAGAACCUAUGGUAGAACUAUCGGCCCCUCAUCCUUUGUCAGAACCUAUGGUGGACCUAUCGGCCCCACAUCCUUUGUCAGAACCUACGGUAGAGCUAUCGGCCCCUCAUCCUUUGUCAGAACCUACGAUAGAGCUAUCGACCACUCAUCCUUUGUCAGAACCUACGGUGGAGCUAUCAGCCCCUCAUCCUUUGUCAGAACCUAUGGUGGACCUAUCGGCCCCACAUCUUUUGUCAGAACCUACGGUAGAGCUAUCGGCCCCUGGUCCUUUGUCAGAACCAACGGUGGAGCUAUCGGCGCCUCAUUCUUUUUCAGAACCUAUGGUGGACCUAUCGGCCCCAUAUCCCUUGUCAGAACCUACGGUAGAGCUAUCGGCCCCUCGUCCUUUGUCAGAACCUACGGUGGAGCUAUCGGCCCCACAUCCUUUGUCAGAACCUACGGUAGAGCUAUCGGCCCCUCAUCCUUUGUCAGAAUCUAUUGUAGAGCUAUCGGCCCCAUAUCCUUUGUCAGAACCUAUGGUGGACCUAUCGGCCCCACAUACUUUGUCAGAAGAACCUAUCCUUUGUAGAGCUAUCGGCCCCUCAUCCUUUGUCAGAACCUACGGUGGAGCUAUCAGCCCCUCAUCCUUUGUCAGAACCUAUGGUGGACCUAUCGGCCCCACAUCCUUUGUCAGAACCUACGGUAGAGCUAUCGGCCCUUCGUCCUUUGUCAGAACCUACGGUGGAGCUAUCAGCCCCUCAUCCUUUGUCAGAACCUAUGGUGGACCUAUCGGCCCCACAUCCUUUGUCAGAACCUACGGUAGAGCUAUCGGCCCCUGGUCCUUUGUCAGAACCAACGGUGGAGCUAUCGGCCCCUCAUCCUUUGUCAGAACCUAUGGUGGACCUAUCGGCCCCAUAUCCUUGUCAGAACCUACGGUAGAGCUAUCGGCCCCUCGUCCUUUGUCAGAACCUACGGUGGAGCUAUCGGCCCCACAUCCUUUGUCAGAACCUACGGUAGAGCUAUCGGCCCCUCAUCCUUUGUCAGAAUCUAUUGUAGAGCUAUCGGCCCCAUAUCCUUUGUCAGAACCUAUGGUGGACCUAUCGGCCCCACAUACUUUGUCAGAACCUACGGUAGAGCUAUCGGCCCCUCAUCCUUUGUCAGAACCUACGGUGGAGCUAUCGGCGCCUCAUCCUUUGUCAGAACCUACGGUAGAGUUAUCGACCCCUUAUCUUUGUCAGAACCUACGGUGGAGCUAUCGGCCCCACAUCCUUUGUCAGAACCUACGGUAG